AUGUCUUCAGACCUGGGGCUCCGGGGAAGCCGGAGUGACCAGGGACGCCUUGGACUCUGGGCCCCUCAGCCCCGCCAAGCAGAGGGCGGCAGCUUCCCCCACCCGGCAACCUUCUCCCUCAGUUCUCCAGCUGCGAGAAGCGAGCUCCACUGCGGGUCACUCUCUGCGACCUGGGAGCUGGCGCCCGGUCACACUCCGCCGCCGCCGAACUAUGGCGUAGAUGUCGUCACUCCUCCGCCUUCUUCACAGCCUCGGCUACCACCGCCGCAGGUUCAUUUCCCGGGGUUUCGCCAUCUUGGCCCCGCCUCUCGCCGGCCCCUGUUCCUUCCUGCCCUCUCCCCGCCGGCGCGGCCCUUGGUGCCCCACCCGCGCUUCCUGGUCCGGCCUGACGCUCGCUCGAGGCGCGACGGGGAGCUUCGCGGUCGCCUGAAGGGCCUGGCCCGCUCCCCGAGCAGUAGAGAACUGUGGACAAUUCUGCUUGGAAGAUCAGCUUUGAGAGAACUAAAUCAGAUUGAGGCAGAACUGCAUAAACACUGGCAGCGGUUGUUAGAGGGGCUUUCUUACUACAAACCUCCCAGUCCAAGUUCAGCAGAAAAAGUGAAAGCUAAUAAAGAUGUAGCUUCACCACUGAAGGAACUGGGUUUAAGAAUCAGCAAGUUUUUGGGUCUUGAUGAAGAACAGAGUGUGCAGUUACUCCAAUGUUAUCUUCAAGAGGAUUACAGGGGUACCCGGGACUCACUAAAGACGGUACUGCAAGAUGAGAGGCAGAGCCAGGCCCUAAUCCUGAAGAUUGCAGAUUAUUACUAUGAAGAAAGAACCUGUAUUCUUCGUUGUGUCUUACACCUUCUCACUUAUUUCCAAGAUGAAAGACAUCCCUAUAGGGUUGAAUAUGCAGACUGUGUUGAUAAAUUGGAGAAGGAAUUAGUUUCAAAAUAUAGACAGCAGUUUGAAGAGCUUUGUAAAACUGAAGCACCAACAUGGGAGACACAUGGAAACCUCAUGACUGAGCGCCAGGUGUCUCGCUGGUUUGUUCAGUGCCUUCGGGAACAGUCCAUGCUGCUAGAAAUUAUUUUCCUUUAUUAUGCAUACUUUGAGAUGGCACCUAGUGACCUACUGGUAUUAACCAAGAUGUUUAAAGAGCAAGGAUUUGGUAGUAGGCAGACCAAUAGACACCUGGUAGAUGAGACCAUGGAUCCUUUCGUAGAUCGGAUUGGCUACUUCAGUGCCCUUAUCCUGGUGGAAGGCAUGGAUAUAGAGUCCUUGCAUAAGUGUGCUUUGGAUGACAGGAGAGAACUGCACCAAUUUGCCCAGGAUGGUCUUAUUUGUCAGGAUAUGGACCAUUUAAUGUUGACCUUUGGGGACAUUCUGCAUCAUGCCCCAGUGCUUUUGGCUUGGGCUCUCCUCCGUCACACCUUGAACCCAGAAGAGACUAGCAGUGUGGUCCGGAAGAUAGGUGGCACAGCCAUCCAGCUGAAUGUAUUUCAGUACUUGACCCGACUGCUGCGGUCACUUGCCAGUGGGGGAAAUGAUUGUACCACCAGCACCGCAUGCAUGUGUGUCUACGGACUCCUCUCUUUUGUUCUGACCUCGCUGGAGCUGCACACACUGGGCAAUCAGCAGGAUGUGAUUGACACAGCAUGUGAAGUCCUGGCAGACCCUUCUCUUCCAGAACUGUUCUGGGGAACAGAGCCAACCUCUGGUCUUGGGAUCAUUCUGGAUAGUGUAUGUGGAAUGUUUCCUCAUCUCCUUUCCCCGCUCCUGCAAUUGCUCCGAGCCCUUGUAUCAGGGAAGUCCACUGCCAAAAAGGUGUAUAGUUUCUUGGAUAAGAUGUCUUUCUACAAUGAACUUUAUAAGCACAAGCCCCAUGAUGUGAUCUCCCAUGAAGAUGGAACUCUUUGGCGGAGGCAAACACCCAAACUCCUUUACCCACUUGGAGGUCAGACCAACCUUCGCAUACCUCAAGGCACUGUGGGCCAAGUAAUGCUGGAUGACAGGGCUUACCUGGUACGCUGGGAAUACUCCUAUAGCAGCUGGACUCUCUUUACCUGCGAAAUUGAAAUGCUGCUUCAUGUUGUUUCAACUGCAGAUGUGAUUCAGCACUGCCAGCGGGUCAAACCCAUCAUUGAUCUGGUCCAUAAGGUUAUUAGUGCAGAUCUGUCGAUAGCAGACUGUCUCCUGCCCAUCACAUCCCGCAUCUACAUGCUGCUGCAGCGGUUAACGACAGUGAUUUCCCCCCCUGUGGAUGUCAUUGCUUCUUGUGUCAAUUGCUUGACUGUUUUGGCUGCCCGGAAUCCAGCAAAGGUCUGGACAGAUCUUCAUCACACAGGUUUUUUACCAUUUGUGGCCCACCCUGUCUCCAAUAUGAGUCAGAUGAUUAGUGCGGAGGGAAUGAAUGCUGGAGGGUACGGAAACCUCUUGAUGAAUAGUGAACAGCCCCAGGGCGACUACGGGGUCACUAUUGCCUUUCUGCGCUUGAUCACCACCCUGGUCAAGGGGCAGCUUGGUAGUACCCAGAGCCAAGGACUUGUGCCCUGUGUAAUGUUCGUGCUGAAGGAGAUGCUUCCCAGCUACCACAAGUGGCGCUACAACUCUCAUGGUGUGAGAGAACAAAUCGGUUGCCUGAUCCUGGAGCUGAUUCAUGCGAUACUAAACCUGUGCCACGAGACAGACCUGCACAGCAGUCACACUCCCAGCCUGCAGUCUCUCUGCAUCUGCAGUCUGGCCUACACAGAAGCAGGACAGACAGUUAUCAAUAUCAUGGGCAUUGGUGUGGACACUAUUGACAUGGUGAUGGCUGCUCAGCCUCGAAGUGAUGGGGCAGAGGGCCAGGGGCAGGGCCAGCUGCUGAUCAAGACAGUGAAACUGGCAUUCUCCAUCACCAACAAUGUUAUUCGGCUGAAACCUCCUUCUAAUGUGGUGUCCCCCCUGGAACAGGCUCUCACACAACAUGGUGCCCAUGGGAACAACCUCAUUGCUGUUCUAGCCAAAUACAUCUACCACAAACAUGACCCUGCUUUGCCACGUCUUGCCAUUCAGCUGCUGAAACGUCUGGCCACGGGAUCUGGAGAGAGCGGCAAAGGUAUUUGGGAGGGCAAAAGUGUGAUUUACAAUAUGUAUUUCCUUUCUAGACCCAAGUUUUGGGAGAAUUUAACUAGUCCGCUGUUUGGAAUCCUUUCUCCUCCCUCAGAAACAUCUGAGCCCAGCAUCCUGGAAACCUGUGCCCUAAUCAUGAAGAUAAUUUGCUUGGAGAUAUACUAUGUAGUUAAGGGUUCAUUAGACCAGUCAUUAAAAGACACACUCAAGAAAUUUUCCAGUGAGAAACGCUUUGCCUACUGGUCGGGGUAUGUCAAGUCCUUGGCAGUUCACACAGCUGAAACAGAGGGCAGCAGCUGCACCUCCUUGUUAGAGUAUCAGAUGCUGGUCUCCGCCUGGAGGAUGCUUCUCAUCAUUGCCACCAGUCACGCAGAUAUUGUGCACCUGACUGACUCUGCAAUGCGUCGCCAGCUCUUUCUUGACGUGCUUGAUGGGACCAAAGCGUUACUCCUAGUUCCAGCCUCAGUGAACUGCCUCCGCCUUGGCUCCAUGAUGUGCACUCUGCUGCUUAUCCUCCUCCGGCAGUGGAAGAGAGAAUUAGGUUCUGUGGAUGAAAUCCUCAGACCCUUGACAGAGAUCCUGGAGGGAGUGCUACAGGCAGACCAGCGACUCAUGGAGAAGACCAAGGCCAAAGUGUUUUCAGCAUUCAUCACAGUGUUGCAGAUGAAGGAGAUGAGAGUAAGUGAUAUCCCGCAGUACUCCCAGCUCGUGCUAAAUGUCUGUGAGACCCUCCAAGAAGAGGUGAUUGCACUGUUCGACCAGACCCGCCAUAGUCUGGCAUCAGGCAGUGCCAUGGAGGACAAGGACAGCAUGGAGACUGAUGAUGGCUCUCGGCCCCGGUACAAGGACCAACGUGAUGGGGUGUGUGUCCUGGGCCUGCACCUGGCCAAGGAACUGUGUGAGGUGGAUGAGGAUGGUGACUCAUGGCUGCAGGUGACCCGCAGGCUCCCCAUCCUGCCCACCCUCCUCACCACCCUGGAGGUGAGCCUUCGCAUGAAGCAGAAUCUACAUUUCACUGAGGCUUCGUUGCACCUGCUUCUCACUCUGGCUCGCAGCCAGCAGGGAGCCACAGCAGUGGCUGGAGCUGGCAUUACCCAGAGCAUUUGUUUGCCCCUCCUGAGUGUGUACCAGCUCAGCACCAAUGGCACGGUGCAGACGCCUAGCACCUCUCGGAAAUCCCUGGAUGCUCCCUCUUGGCCAGGGGUGUACCGUCUGUCCAUGUCCCUGAUGGAGCGGUUGCUCAAAACUCUGCGCUACAACUUCCUGACUGAAGCCCUGGAUUUUGUGGGUGUCCACCAGGAGCGGACCUUACAGUGCCUCAAUGCGGUGAGGACAGUGCAGAGUCUGGCCUGCCUGGAGGAGGCGGACCACACCGUGGGCUUCAUUCUGCAGCUCUCCACCUUCAUGAAGGAGUGGCACUUCCAUCUGCCUCGGCUCCUGCGUGAUGUCCAGGUAAACCUGGGUUACUUGUGCCAGGCCUGCACCUCCCUCCUGCAUAGCCGCAAGAUGCUGCAGCACUACUUACAGAACAAAAAUGGGGAUGGCAUUCCCUCAGCUGUCGACCCCCGAGUUCAGCGGCCACCCACUGCUGCUGCUGCUGCCCCUUCCUGCUCCUCCUCCUCCAAGCAGCCCACUGCUGAUACAGAGGCCUCAGAGCAGCGAGCCUUACACACGGUCCAGUAUGGCCUUCUCAAGAUCCUCAGCCGGACCCUGGCAGCCCUGCGCCACUUUACCCCUGAUGUCUGCCAAAUCCUGUUGGAUCAGUCCCUGGAUCUUGCUGAAUACAAUUUCCUGUUUGCCCUGAGCUUUACCACACCCACCUUUGACUCCGAAGUGGCCCCCUCCUUUGGGACCCUUCUGGCUACAGUGAACGUGGCCCUCAACAUGCUUGGAGAGCUGGACAAGAAAAAGGAGCCCCUCACCCAGGCUGUGGGGCUCAGCACACAGGUGGAAGGGACCAGAACAUUAAAGUCCCUCCUGAUGUUUACUAUGGAAAACUGCUUCUACUUGCUCAUCUCCCAGGCGAUGCGUUACCUUAGGGACCCGGCUGUGCACCCCCGGGACAAACAGCGGAUGAAGCAAGAGCUCAGCUCAGAGUUGAGCACACUGCUCUCCAGCCUCUCGCGCUACUUCCGCCGGGGAGCCCCCAGCUCCCCUGCUGCUGGUGUCCUCCCUUCGCCUCAGGGAAAAUCCACCUCUCUCUCCAAAGCCAGCCCUGAGAAUCAAGAGCCUCUGAUUCAGCUGGUGCAGGCCUUUGUCCGGCAUGUGCAAAGAUAAGAAAGUAGCGUGCUGUCCGCCUCCCACUCUCCACCAGCCUGCAUGGCAGCCCUGAGCGGAAGGGGUGCUAUGGCUGACAGCCUGUCUGCGACUAAGAGCAGCUCCUGCCACCCUCUCUUCAGAGUAGCCACGACUCCAACCACCCGCCCACUGCCAUUAUUUUUAUAAUAGAUGAAGAGGUCAGCAGCAGGGGUGGGGAGCCAAGAGUCUGCUGUGCUCAGGCCCUCACAUUCAAAAUGCCCCUGAGAGGCAUAUUCCUUUCCUUUGAGCAUUCCCCACAGCACUUGUCAGGCCCAGGGGAGGGGCAGGGAGCCGGUAUACGGCAGUCCAGGAGAGAGGCUGUAUGCACAGGUUUGAAAAUCUCUUUUCCAUGAUCUGUUCUUGCAGUUUUUUGGUAAUAUAAUACUGUGGUCUAUUUAUACAAAUAUUAAAAUACUGUUUAUAGACAA